CAGAUGAAAUGUUACUUGUUUGUAUUGCUUUAUUCUGCAGCAAUAUAAUUUUAAUUCAAGGAAAAAUUGAUUACAUUAGAAAAUCUAUCAAUGAAUUAGAUAAAAAUGUAACAGAUUUUGAAAAAUACCAUAUAAAAUAUGGUACCAGUGGUAGUGACCAUCCUUGCAAGAGAAUUUGCCAAGGUGAAACACCCCCAAUGUUUUGUGGAUACCAGUUUAAAAUUGAAAACUACCAUACUUUGAGUAAAGCUUGCUACGAUUGUCCCUUUAAUGUUAAAGACUGCUUUAGAAAAGACUGCGUACCUGGAGAUGGUACUAAAAGAGGAAUAGUUACAAUUAAUAGACAGAUACCUGGAUCUGCAAUAGAGGUAUGCCACAAUGACAUAGUGGUUGUAGACCUCCAAAAUAAAAUGACUAGUGAAGCAACAACCAUACACUGGCAUGGACAACAUCAAAUAGCAACUCCGUACAUGGAUGGUGUACCAUUUAUUACGCAAUGUCCAAUUCUACCUCAUAAUACUUUCAGGUACAUGUUUCAAGCAACUGAAGUUGGAACUCAUUUUUAUCAUUCUCAUAUAGGAAUGCAACGAGUUGACGGAGCUUUCGGUCCUUUAAUAGUUCGGGUCCCAGAUGAAGAAAACCCUCAUAAACAUCACUACGACUUCGAUCUUUCAGAACACGUAAUGGUUAUUAUAGACUGGAACUCAGAGCUAGGCAUUGAGAUGUUCCUAGCUCAUCAUCAUAACGAUGGUACAAAUAAGUCCCCAACGAUACUGAUAAAUGGAUUAGGUAGAUUUAAAACAUUCUAUGGUAGGGCGAAUAAACCUAUUUAUACGCCUCCUGCUAGGUUUAAAGUAAAACAAGGUUAUCGGUACCGAUUCAGGGUCAUUAACGCAGGAUUUUUGAACUGCCCAGUGGAAAUGACAAUAGAUAAUCAUUCUAUAAAUCUUAUUAGUUCUGAUGGAAGUGAUAUCAUCAUAACACCAGCAACAUCGCUAGUGACCUUCGCAGGUGAACGUUUUGAUUUUAUUUUAAAUGCCGAUCAAGUAAAUGACCUUUAUUGGAUUCGUUUUAAAGGCAAUUUAGAUUGUGGUGAAAAGUUUACAAAAGCCUUUCAAGUUGCUGUCUUACAAUAUGAUCUACAUGAUGAUUUAACCGAUGACGACAGACUUUUAAACAAAUUUCCACGUGGUCAAGUUACAUUUGAAAAUGCACAUGUAGACGGUCUACAAAUAAACCCAGUGAAUAUUGGAACCGAAGGCAAUGAUCAAGUCGUUGUUAUGCCAUAUUUAGAAUCUAUCAGACCAGUGGAUGAGAGCUUAAAAGAAAUAGCAGAUUUUCAAUUUUAUAUUGCCUAUGAUUUCUACAAUGUUAGUCAUACAGAAUUUUAUAAAUCUCCAUAUUACGCAUUUUUUGAUGUGAAAAAUCCAAGGCAAAAAGUACGGACACCGCAGUUUAAUCACAUUUCGAUGGAAAUACCGUCAUUUCCACUCCUUUCACAAAGAGAAGAAAUUGCAGAUGACAUGUUUUGUAAUAAUGACACAAUUCAAAACAAAAAUUGUUUAGAAGAAUACUGUACAUGCGCUCAUGGUAUAAAAGUACCAAUUGGUGCUGUAGUUGAAAUAGUAAUCAUAGAUGAAGGCUUAAGUUAUGACGCAAAUCAUCCUAUACAUCUCCACGGUUAUUCUUUCUAUGUAGUGGCAAUGGAAAGAUUAGGUACGUCUACAACUGUCGCAGAAGUAAAAGAAAAAGACGCCAAAGGCCUAAUUAGAAGAAAUUUGGAUAAUCCUCCAUUGAAAGAUACUGUGACAGUACCUGAUGGUGGUUAUACAGUUGUUAGAUUUAGAGCCAAUAAUCCAGGUUAUUGGUUAUUUCAUUGUCAUUUAGAAUUCCAUUCAGAAAUUGGUAUGGCUAUGGUUGUGCAAGUAGGUGAAAAAAAUGAAAUAUUGCCAGUUCCUCACAAUUUCCCAAAAUGUGGAGACUAUUCGCUUGAUCCGAUGGAAGGAAUGCAUUGGAGUUAGAAGGAAAAUAUGUACUGAGACGUUCUGUUUUCUGUUAAUAUUCUAAAGA